AAGUCAACCCAACAACCUCAGCUCAGCCUCAGGUGCUCCGUGCUCAGAGCAGCUCACGCCUCCCGCCUCCCCAAAGCGCUCUAGUGCUCCACUCUCCAUCGGCGAUGCCGACGGACACCCCGGCGCCGCCGCAGCGCGCGGCGUCGCUGUCCGACGACGACCGCCUGCUCGUCGCGCACUGCGCCGAGCUCUCCUUCCCUCCCUCCUCCCCCGCCCCGGCCGCCGCCUCCGCCCGCUACUUCCAGGUGCACCACGCGUCCCACCCCUACCCCUGCGCCGCCUUCGCCUUCGCGCCCUCCUGGUCCGCCGCCGACUGGGCCGCGCCCUCCACCGCGGAGGGCGCCCGCCAGCCGUUCGGGGACGCGGAGGUGGACGCGGCGCUGUUCCCGUCGCUCCGAGCCGUCGGGAGCGGCGUCCCCGCGCGCGCCAACGCCGCCUUCCUCGCCGCCUUCCGCGGCCUGCUCGACGGAUCGCCGCUCCAGUCCGAGGUAUCCAGAGCUGUGGCUGAAGAGAAACGUAUAGUAUUCACAGGCCAUUCAUCAGGAGGUUCAAUAGCCACCCUUGCUGCUAUAUGGUUUCUUGAGAAGUGCACCAGACAGGGAAGUGUUAAUCAAGCACACCCAUUCUGCGUGACCUUUGGGGCUCCUCUUAUUGGAGACAAUAUCUUCAACCAUGCUGUUAGAAGAGAGGGCUGGUCACAAUGUAUUUUGCAUUUCCUACGUCCACUAGACAUUGUCCCACGUAUACCAUUGACUCCACUUGCAUCCUUCAGAGAAGAAAUUCAAGCUGUUCUGGAAUGGUUGUCUCCUCAGACACCAAACAACUCACCUGCUGGGAGGUCUCUUGUCAUACCUGAGUACUAUGAAACUUUACUCAGAAGCACACUAUCUAUUGCCAGCUAUGAGGCCUGUUCUUUCAUGGGAUGCACUAGCUCAAUCCUUGGAACAUUGACCUCCUUUAUUGACCUCUCCCCUUACAGACCCUGUGGGACGUAUUAUUUCUUCACAAGUAGCGAACAGCUGAUUGUUCUCACAAAUUCAGAUGCUGUACUGCAGUUGUUAUUUUACUGCCUUCAGUUGGAUCCCCAGCAGCAAUUGCUUGAUGCUGCUGCUAGAAGUUUAAGUGCUCACUGGCAGUAUGAACCAAUUAAACAGUGCAUGCCGGAUAUAGUUUGCGUGGACUACCUGGGAGCUAUCUCAUCAACCGCUCCUGGGAGGCAGACAGACAGAGCGGCAAUUGGAAACAUUGAACUGAGCAAGGAAGCUUUACUGCACCUUUCUGCAGCUGCGCAAUGGGAGAAGCAAAGACAGAGAAACCAAACGAAGAUUGACCAAAGCUGCCAAAAGAUCCAGGAAGCCCUCAGAUCCCUAAACGACUACAAAAGAACAUGCGAACUCCGUGGCGUAAGCUACUACGAUUCCUUCAAGCUCCAACGGGAGGUGCAUGACUUCAACGCCAACGUGCGGAGGCUGGAGCUGGCCGGCCUCUGGGACGAGAUCAUCGAGAUGCUCCGGAGGCGCGAACUGCCGGAUGGCUUUGAGGCGCGCGAGGAGUGGGUGCGCCUGGGCACACUGUUUCGCCGCCUGGUCGAGCCGCUGGACAUCGCCAACUACUACCGGCACUCCAAGAACGAGGACACCGGCUCCUACCUCUCCAAGGGGCGGCCGCGGCGGUACAAGUACACCCAGAAGUGGCACGAGCAGCUGCAGCGCGCCCCCGUCGGGUCCAGCCUCGAGUCCUGCUUCUGGGCGGUGGUCGAGGAGCUCCAGGCCGAGAUGGUCGACGGCAUGGCGUUCGAGGACCUGAGGGAUAGGGUGGUCAAGCUCGAGAGCGACGCGCAUGGAUGGUAUAGUUCUGGAAGUCUGGGCAAGGACGUCUUUCUGGGGAGCUCGUCUUUUGUGGCGUGGUGGAGGACGCUCCCCGAGCAGCACAAGUCGGCGUCCUGCAUCGCCAAACUUGUGUCCUUGUAAGGGGAUUUUCACUGACGAGGCAGCUGUUCCUCGUCUUCUGAGAACAGCUGCAGAUGUAUAUUGUAAUUUAUAGGAGACCUCAGUCAGAUUGAUGGAAAUGAAGUAUGCUGCUCUGCAUGCACGUAUAUUUUACAAUAAGCAGACCAACACGGUGGUGCUAGUUUUCAUCCUAAUUAGUUAACUCAUAAAUCAAAGAGAUCAUGUUCAGAAA